AUGGCACAAGGACAAACUCUCAUCCCCUGCGCCUACCUCCGCGGCGGCUCCAGCAAAGCAACAUUCUUCCUCUCAUGUAAUCUCCCCCCUCCCGGACCCCUCCCGGACAAAGUCCUUAAGCGUGUAAAUGGAACUCCGGAUCCCAUACAAAUCGACGGCAUGGGCGGCUCGCGCGUUGUCACCUCAAAAAUUGCCAUCAUCAGCACCUCGGAGCGGGACGAUGCGGAUGUGGAUUAUACAUUCUGCCAACGGUUGGUCCAAUUCCCACAUUAUACCUACAUUCACGGCGAGAGGAGAAAGAAUCUGAUGAGUUUUGUAUCUGUAGCUGCUGUGGGUCCAUUUGCUAUUGAUGAGGGACUUAUCAAAGGCCCCUCGCGUCCUGGAAUCGGCGCAGAUGCAACAAUAGCGACACGAGAAGUAAAAAUCUACAACACAGGCACCCGGAAGAUACUUAUAUCCCACGUACCUAUCGAUCCUGAAACGGGCAAGUCAGUUUCCGAAGGGGGGUUUGCCAUUGCCGCUGUUCCAGGUACUGGAGCGCCAAUUCUCAUGGACUAUCGAAACACGGUGGGAGCAGCGAAACAGAGCGGAAUACUUCCUACCGGGCAUGCGAUAGAUGAGAUUUCUCUUGAUGGCAAAGCUAUCCAGGUCACUAUCUGCGAUGUAGGGAACAUCUGCGUCUUUGCAGCUGCCUCAGACGUCGGCCUUACAGGUCUAGAAACUGCGGAUGCCAUUAAUGAAAACAGUGCGGUGAUUGCACGAUGCAAAGAACUUCGAGGACGGGCCGCCAAAUUGCUCGGGAUGUGUGAGAAUUGGAAGCUGGCAGACGAACAAUCAGGUGCUAUUCCGUUACUGGUACUUGUCAGCGCCCCUCCAGCAAGUGGUGACGCAGAUGUGACCUCUCGACUUUUACUCCACAACAGAUGUCAUGAUAGCAUGGCUGGUACUGGAGCUAUUUGUACUGCUGCUUGUAGUAAAAUCAGCGACUCUAUUGUGGCACAAGUAAGCAGACAGACGAGACUGGCGAAUCAUGUCUUUAGAAUUGCUCAUCCUUUAGGCAUAAUGCCUAUACAGGUAGAGCUGGGAGGGGUAUUUCAAAAUGAGAUGGUCCGAGAACAAGAUUCGACGACGGCUGAGUUCAGGGUCUUAGCUUUUGUGAGGACUGCGAGGAGGAUUAUGGACGGAAAUGUAUAUAUUCCAGCGGUCAUAUGGAAUGGUCGCGAUGGGAAGAGCUAG